AACCCCGCGACGGAGGAGCCCUGCGGCCAAAGAGGAAGGAGAAGGAGGACAGCAGCAGCAGAGUGUGUUCCGUACGCGCAGCGGAGGAGAGCGAAAAAUAAUAGCGAUUUACAUUUCCUUGAUGGUGGACUAGAAAAAUAUCGGAACCCAGAGCCCGCCCAAGUGUCCCCAAGUGUCGUGUCGUGCAAUCCGGAACGGUUUUACGGCAGUGAGGUCGCGCGAAAACGAGGCAAACACACAGUUUCGGUACGGUUUUGUGGGGAAAUUUGCGACGCGAAAGUUUCGAUUUUUUUACGCUUUCGAGCUUGCCCCACAGUUUUGCGUCGCUCUCUUUUGCGGGAAGGAAAAGAGUUCGGGAAUCGACGACAAAAGAUCCGCGGAGUCCCCUCGGCGCUUUCGUGUGACGUGCACGAAAACGGCAGCUUCCAGGGAAGUGACACCCCCAGCGGAAACCACAUUCCAGGAGAGUUUCCCAGCUUGGAGGGGGAUGAGUAAGGCUUUAUUGAUUUGCUCCAACGAGAGGUGAAAAAGGAAGCAGCAAGAAAAAAAAAAGUCAACCAUCCGGAGAGUAGUGUUCCGCCCCGCACACCGAAAGGGAAUCUCCGCCAGGGAGGAAAAGGAGAAAAAACGAGUGCAGCAAAUCUGGAACAGAAAUGUCAAGUUGGAAAAUUUCCUGAAAAAAGUCUAGAUUUGCCAGAAAAGAAGGAAGAAAAGUGAGCCAUUCGAUCUCUUUAGUUGUCCACCUUUUUUGUGUUUGUUUUGAGAGUAAGGAAAAAGUGUUGAAAAUUGCGAUUGCAUUUCGCAAUAAGAGAAGAAAAUCAGUUUACUGAAGAAGAUUCGAGUCUGAUGAGACUCAGGAAGAGUCACAAAAGUGAAAUAAUAUCUUAGUUUAAGUGUUUUCCUCAAAUAAGAAGAAAAUCAAAGUGAUUUACAAGUAAAGUUGUCCCCAAAAGCCAAAACCAGCGAAUCAUCAUGGAACUGGUUGGGAACUUUGAGUACAACAGCAAGGACCUGAUUGGGCAUGGCGCGUUCGCGGUCGUCUUCAAAGGUCGCCACCGAGAGAAACAAUUCCCGGUCGCGAUUAAGAGCAUCACCAAGAAGAGCCUCGCCAAGUCGCAGUCGCUGCUCGGCAAGGAGAUCAAGAUCCUGCGGGAGCUGAGCGCUCUGCACCACGAAAAUGUCGUCACACUGCUCGCGUGCACCGAAAAGGACCACAACGUGUACCUGGUGAUGGAGUACUGCAACGGUGGCGAUUUGGCGGAUUACCUGGCCGUGAAGGGCACCCUCAGCGAGGACACGAUACGGCUCUUUUUGUGUCAAUUAGCGAGUGCAAUGAAGGCCCUGUACGCCGUUGGAGUGGUCCACCGAGAUCUGAAACCGCAGAACAUUUUGCUGUCCCACAGCUACGGCAAGAAUCUUCCGGCGCCCUCGAAAAUCACACUCAAAAUUGCCGAUUUCGGAUUUGCCCGAUUUCUCCAGGACGGAAAUAUGGCGGCUACCCUUUGUGGAUCUCCAAUGUACAUGGCCCCAGAGGUGAUCAUGUCGCUACAGUACGACGCCAAGGCCGAUCUCUGGUCCCUCGGGACGAUCGUUUUCCAAUGCCUCACCGGCAAGGCACCAUUCCAGGCUCAGACACCCCAGGAACUGAAGAUGUUCUACGAGAAGAAUGCCAACCUGGCGCCAAAAAUUCCUCCCGGAACGUCCAAAGAGAUGACCGAUUUGCUGAUGGGAUUGCUCCGGAGGAACGCCAAAGAACGGAUGAACUUUGAAAUGUUCUUCAACCAUUCGUUCCUGCAGCGGCAGACUACGCCUCAGAAUAGUGAGGCUCCCCAGUCCUCCCAGGCGGCCACGGCCGGGCAGCCUUCCUCGGCAAAAGUCACUAGUCCACACCAGAGGACGGCCAUGUCGCCUCUGCAGCACCAGCAGCUACUUCUACGUCAGCAGCAACAGCAGCAGCUACACCACCAGCAGCAACAACAACUACAACACCAACAGCAGCAGCAGCAGCAGCAACAACAGUUACAGCAAGAACAACAGAAGCAGCAGACGUUGGAGAAUAAUAACGUGCCAGUGGAGAUCGACGACAGCGUGGCUACGCUCGCCAGCGCGAACAACACGUCCAACAGCAGUCAGGACAACUCGGAUGACUUUGUGCUAGUGCCCAGCAAUCUGCCGAUCGACCCAUGCAGCGGAAACUAUGAUAAGAGUAAACCAACUAGAGUGCCUCAAACUGGUUCGAACGCUCAGGCGAGUCCACCGAGACCCAGCUCCCUCCCGAUCUCGGAACCGAAGCCCGUCCCGUCGGCAGCUAGAAAGCUUUCACGGCCGCAAACUCAGACUCCACCAAAGAACAUCCCCAAUGCGAUACCUCGAUCUCAGCCGAUCAGCAUGAAGCGAUCCGAGCACCGGAACAGCAAUUGUGAUAUCAGCUCAAUCUCGCCCCCGGCCGUGCAGUUUGCCAUCGGAACGCCCCCGUCCGGUGGCCGCCGGAGAUCGACCUCGGGAGGAUCGCUGUCGGAGACGCCGCCGCCGCCAACCUGCUGGACGGUAUCGCCGGCCUCGCAUCAGUCCCCACUCCGUCGUUCCGGAACCAGCUCGCCAGUAUUAUCGAAUGCCCUGUCCAAGUUGCCGGCGCUCGGCAGUCCCACCCUGAUGGGCGCCACGGACAAUAACAACACCCAUCCGCUGGGCACGAGGGCGUUCACGCUGCCGGAGAUGGGCGCCACCGGCGGUCUGCAGAGCUACCUGCACGACAACAACCUGGACGAUCACCCGAUCAACUUCCACGCGCCGGAGCUACCGGCCGAAACGCUGCUAGACCGCGAACACAACGAGACGCUGGCCAAGCUCAACUUUGUGAUCGCCCUGACCGAUUGCAUCCUGGAGGUGGCCGACUCGCGGUGUGCCCCCCUGUCGGCGCUCAUGUCGGCCGACGCUCAACCCAUUGCGCCGCACGCACCCGAGCACUGCAAACGGGCCGAACGGUUGGUACUGCUGGUGCGUGCCCUGAACCUGCUCUCGUCCGGUAUGCACCUGGCGUCCUCGCAGCUGCAGAGCGGUCACCUGAAGCCCUCGAAUACGGUUAAGAAUGUUCUCUCGAUGAUGCACUCCCGGUACCGGUCUACGCUUUGUGAGUCGAAGAAGCUGAACGGAACGGGACUGCUGCAACGGGCCGGGGCGAGCAAUAUUACCGCUGACAAGAUCCUGUACGAUCACGCGAUACAGAUGUGCCAAUCGGCCGCCCUGGACGAGCUGUUCGGCAACCCGGAGGACUGCUUCACCCGGUACCAGUCGGCGCAGAUCCUGCUCCACUCGCUGGCGCAAAAGUGCAGCCACCCCCAGGACAAGAUGCUACUCUCCAAAUACAAGGACGCCGUCGAGAAGCGGCUGUACAUCCUGCAGCAGCAGGGCUUCAUCUACGCGACGGACGAGCUGUCCUGAACCAGCGCGCUGCAGACGCUGCGGCGGCGCCUGUCCAAGAUCUUCUGACUAGACGGCACCGCGUCGUGGCUGAACGGACUGACGGCGAUGCAGCAGCAGCUGCUCUAGAGAAAAAAACGCGUAACCAUUUAACACAUAUUUCGUUUGUUUUUAUGUCUGUGAGAUUUAUUAUUUACGAACUAUUUAUUUUGGAUUUUGUAAUCUUUUUUUUGUUGUGUGAACAGGUUGGCGAUUGUUUUUUUUUUCGGGGGAAUUUUGAACUGUGCUUUCCCCUUUAAAAUGGAAAGAGCUGUAAAUAAAAUCAGACUAGCUUUUUUAUACAAUGGUAUCCGUAGAAAACAAAAGCACUUUGGCCAAUAUCCAGUAUGAAUCGCUUCCGUUAACGAUAACGAUAACAAAAAGAGAAAAAAGAGGAGAGUUGUUUAUGUAAAAUUACCCGUUUUAGACAAGGUUAAACUCUACAAUAGUGUAAAUAUCGCGCACGUGGCUUGGUUUUGCAGAGCGCGUUUGUACAUAAGUUGCGCGUUGGCUUCUGUAUGAUUCGCGCAGUUCCGCUAGGAGCGAAUGCUUUGUGCUUUCCCAGAAACAAAAUAAAAAGUCGUUUAAGCAAAAUGUUAUCAACUCCCUCGCGAGGGAAUCAUAAUCAUACAAACUAACCCCUGGUAGCAAUAUACACUGUGUAAAAUCGUUCACAAAAUCGGCAACGUUGUUUGAAGCAAAAUUAACGAAAACAAA